CUCCAUGCCCACCUCACGGGGAGCAUUCGCCGCUCAACCCUCCACGAGAUAUGGAAGAGGAAGAAAGCCUCAAGCGCAACUGACCUUGAGGACCCUUUGAUUGUUAUGCCCGAGGGGAAGCAUGAUUUCGACCUAGAAACGUUCUUCCCUCUCUUCAGCAGCUACAUAUACAACCUCCUCAUCGAUGAGGAGUCGAUUCGGUAUGCAACUACUUCCGUGCUCAGAGAUUUCUUGGAAGAUGGCGUAGUGUAUGCGGAACUGCGAACCACUCCCAGAGAAACAACGCAGCUCACUGCUGAGCAGUACAUCGCCAUCACCCUCGACACCAUAGCUGCCUUUGAAAAGGAAAACCCAGGUCUGCACGUGCGGCUUAUCCUCUCUGUAGACCGCCGCCAUGAUCUAGCCAAAGCCUCAUCGAUUCUCGACAUCGCAUUGAGGCACAAGGGUAGAGUUGUCGGGCUGGACCUCUGCGGUAACCCCACCGCUCGCACGGGCGGCGGCAUAUCCCUCUUCACGCCCGUCUUCCAGCGUGCACGAGAAGCGGGCCUGAGCAUCACCGUACAUUUCGCCGAGGCUGAGGAGAGUGGAUCGAGGGAGGAGCUGGAUGUCCUGCUCUCAUGGCAGCCGCAGAGGCUGGGACAUGUCAUUUGGGAAGACGAGGUGGCGCGGGCGACGAUCCGGGAACGAAAGCUGUGCCUCGAGCUGUGCCUCAGUUGCAACGUCAAAGCCGGGAUGAUCAAAGGGAGUUUUGAAAGCCACCAUUUCGGCCAUUGGAGAGAUGUGGAAGGACCGCUUAUUUCUCUUGCGACUGAUGAUGUUGGUGUAUUUGGGAGCACACUGUCAAACGAGUAUAGCCUGGUGGCUCAGUAUUUCAACCUUGAUAAGACCGGAAUAUGUGCUUUGGCAAGACAGAGCAUCGAUGCUAUUUUUGGCGGCGACGAGGAAAAGAAGCGCUUGCGGGAGAUUAUGUGGUCAUGA